AUGAGUCCACUUCCCCCUGGAUACACCCUCCGUGAAGGCUACCCCUCCGUAGCCAGCUAUCUCCAUCUCCGCGCCGCGUCGGGUCUCAGUCCACGAAAUGAACCCCAAGCAGCCGCUUCAAUAGCGGGCAGCUGGUACGGAUGCUACAUCACCUACGCCGACAAAGACACUGCGGAUGAGGUGGCGAUUGGAAUGGGACGCAUCGUCGGCGACGGAGGAUGGUAUUUCCAUAUCGCCGACAUGGCGGUUUUACCCGACCACCAACGGAAGGGUCUCGGCGACGUGAUUUUGAAGAAUCUCUUGGAUAGAAUCCGAUCGGUUGCUCCUGGGGUGAAAGGCCUGAAAGAUGGACUGGUGGAUGCUGAUGAUGAGCGGUUUCUUCCGUAUGUGAACUUGAUGGCGGACGAGCCGGGUCGGAAGUUGUAUCUCCGCAAUGGGUUUGAUUAUUCGGCGCCAAGGUCGUUGGGGAUGGUGCUGAACUGGGAGGAUGUGCUGGGUGGGGAUGUUUAG